CUGAAGGAAUUUUUUUCUUUCUUUUUAUCCUUCAUUUUAUAGCUUUUUUAGAAUAUUAAUGGAUAAAACAAUUGAUCCACCUCUCCCACUAUAAAUAAGAGCUGAUGAAAUCACAAAAUCCACAAGCCUCAGCACUACUACUACUACUACAGCAAACAAUCCUUGUAUUAAUCAGUCUGCAAUCUGGUAUUGUUUCGGUUUCAGAAGCAGUCAGGAACGUUCUUAGCGAUUUUAAAUGGAUAGGGUAAGAGAAUUGGCAUCAAUGAAGGCAGCAGUGAUAUUCACAAAGAGCUCAUGUUGCAUGAGCCACAGCAUCAAGACAUUGUUUUACGACCUUGGUGCAAGCCCCGCGAUUCAUGAGCUUGAUCGCGAAGCUAGGGGGAAGGAAAUGGAGCGCGCUCUACAAUCGUUGGGGUGUAAUCCCACAGUUCCAGCUGUGUUCAUUGGUGGAAGAUUUGUAGGAUCAGCAAGAGAUGUUAUAUCCCUUCAUCUUGAUGGGUCUUUGAAGCAGAAGCUCAAAGAUGCCAAUGCCAUCUGGUUCUAGCAAUAUAGUGCUACUCUUGAACAAGGCCUCCUAAUCAAGUUCUGCUUCAGACUUCAGUUUUUCUCUAGAUUUUUAGUUUUAUGAAAACGAUGUUGUAUUAAGGGAUGUUUUUGUUUAAGUUCCCUUAAUUCCCGUUUUCGGAUAUGAAAAUCGACUAUAUUUACGCAUGAAAAAUUGCAGACAGAACUAUAAUGUGUGAAAAAAUGUCAUUCCAAUGCUUUGUUUCAACAGGAAUUAUAUCUUGUGGAGAGGAAUGAUUGAUAAGGAAUUUCCUGA